AUGGACAAUUCCAAAUCAUUCGUCGAAUCGCCUACAAGCCUAGGCGUAGUGCUUAUUGUCACUGGGGUAUUUCUUUAUAGUGCAUUUAGAAUUCUGUAUCGAAAGUUUCCAUAUCCACUUCCACCGUCUCCUCCAGCGGAGCCCAUCCUUGGGCAUUUCAGGAGGUUACCAACAGAAAAUGCCCACUUUAAGCAUAUGGAGUAUGCUAAGCAGUAUGGCUCCGAUAUCAUCUAUUUCAAUGUGUUGGGUAACCAUAUGGUUGUCCUUAACACUCAGAAGGCUGCGAAUGAGCUUCUGGAUAAGCGCGGUGCCAACUACCAAGACAGGCCUAGAUUUGUCUUGUUUGAUGUUAUGGGAUGGGGUCUGACCUUAACUUUCCUUCCAUACGGACCAAGAUUUCGUUUACAUCGUUCCGUCUUACAAACGGGUUUCACGAAGACGGCGAUCACGAACUAUAGGCCAAUUCAGGAAGAUGAAGCGAGGCAAGCAGUUUCAAGAAUUCUCAAACGCCCAGAAGCUUGGGACUUUUCACUUCGGCGCUUUGCUUCCGCGAUAGUUCUUCGUAUCGGAUUUGGCGUUACUGUUAGAUCAGAUGACGACCCCUAUAUUAAAAUCGCGAUAGAUGCUAAUAUGGCGACUGGAGGAGGAGGAAAUCCAGGAACUGCCUUAGUCGACUAUCUACCAUCAUUUCGAUAUAUCCCACAAUUUCUUAAUUUUUCAAGAAGCUUGCAACAUGCGCGAAAAUGGGGAUGGGCCAUUCAAAACUUACACGAUAUUCCAUUUUCAGCCAUCAAAAAGGAGUUUGACGAAGGGACGGCCAACCCAUCAUUCGCAUAUUCACUCCUCACUAAGUAUAAAGAAAACGAGGAGGAAGGUAUUGCUAAUGAACUUACACUUCAAGAUAUCCAGGGUGCAUCUGGCGCUGUUUUUAUCGCAGGUUCUAACACAACCUUCGCUACGACGACUAUUGCUAUCCUGAACAUGAUGUUAAAUCCCGAAGUUUUUCAAAAAGCGAGAGCCGAGAUUGAUAGGGUAGUUGGAACAGAAAGACUACCUACGUUCCAAGACAGGCCAAAUUUGCGUUACAUUGACUAUUUAGUCGAGGAAGUCUCAAGAUGGAGACCCUUAUCGCCAAUUGGAAUACCUCAUAGGUCCCUAGAAGACGACAUUUACAACGGAAUGUUUAUCCCUAAAGGGACCGUGGUCUAUUAUAACACAUUCGCUAUGUCCAGAGACUCCAAUGUGUAUAAGGACCCCGAGAAGUUCAACCCGGAUAGAUACAUCCCAAAGGAAGAAGGCGGGGAUGGCGAGCCUCUGCUCGUUGGCCCAUUUGGCUUCGGUCGCAGAGUAUGCGUCGGACGCCACUUAGCACAAGCAUCGGUGUGGAUAAUUAUGGCGACUCUCAUAGCCACCACUGACAUAUCGAAACCUAUCGGGACAGACGGAAAGCCCAUUGAACAAACUAUCCAAUUCAGUACCGGACUAUCAAGCCAUCCUGGCAAGCUCGAUGUAGUUUUCAGACCCAGAUCUGAGAAGGCUGAAAGACUUCUUGCUGAGGCGGUUAAGGAUGCUCGGUAA